AUAUGCCAUCAACAAAUCCUUUCCCCCUUGUGAUUUUCAGCCAAACAAGGAACUAAAUUGAAAGCUAAAUACCCUGAAAAAUCUUAGUGAAAACUACAUCAGCAGCACAGGCAGAAAUGGAAGCCUCAGCUGCACUGAGCAAUAGAGGAAUUCCUGGUGUAAAGUACCAAUGUUUUCCUACUUGUACACGCAGUUUCACUGGAAGAAGAGCAAUGCAGGUUGUAUGUAUGGCCUCUAAGAAGUUCAAAUCAUCGUCCUUCACCAAAACUACUGGCUCCAAGAAGGGUUCGCCGGUGAAGCUGCUGACGAGGGUGGAGCAGCUGAGACUGCUGACAAAAGCCGAGAAAGCAGGGUUGCUUUCAGCAGCAGAAAAGGCAGGGUUUUCAUUAAAAUCAAUAGAGGAACAAGGUCUGCUGACAAAAGCUGAAGAGUUGGGUUUAUUAUCAGCAGCAACAAACCCAGAAACUCCAUCAACCCUCUUUACACUUAGCCUUGGGCUAUUACUUCUUGGCCCUGCUUUUGUUUUUCUGGUACCUGAGGAUAACACCUGGGAAAUUGCUAUCCAGGUUUCUGUUGCACUUCUUAGUAUUGUUGGAGGAUCUGCAGCUUUCGCUGCUUCCAAUCUUAUAGGAAACCUGCAGAAAGCCGAAUAAUUUUUGCUGUAGAAAUAAUAUAUAGUCUUUAUUUGCGUAUUUUUGUAACGCGUUGGAUCAAUGCUCACUGUUUUUCGGAUCAA